GCUCCCUAACAUUCUCAAGAAAUCCCAAACCCUCACAGGUCACAACAAUGGCACGUAAUUUGGUCCGACCCUCUGACAUCGACUGACCCAGAAAAAAAGAAAACCCCCAUUCCCAAAUCUGAUCUGUUUUCUACUUUUCUCUCUUCAAAACCCCCAAAUUUAUAUUCGCAAUUAGUUUAAUUUUUGUUUAAUUUCUGAUUCAUUUUUAUAAUAUUCGAUUCAAUUCUGUUGAAUUUGAUGGGACGAAAUUCUCCUGCUUCAACAUCUCUUGCGCCGGGUUUUCGAUUUCAUCCGACGGAUGAAGAACUCGUCUGGUAUUAUCUGAGGCGUAAGGUUAGCGGCAAGCCCUUUCGCGUUGAUGCGAUUUCUGAGAUCGAUAUCUACAAAGUCGAGCCCUCUGAUCUUCCAGGGCUUUCAAAGCUGAAGAGUAGAGACCUAGAGUGGUACUUUUUUAGCGCCCUGGAUAGGAAAUAUGGUAAUGGAUCGAGGACCAACCGAGCUACGAACGAGGGGUAUUGGAAAACAACCGGGAAGGAUAGGCCUGUUUGCCAUAGGUCUCGGGUUGUUGGGAUGAAGAAAACUCUGGUUUACCAUAAAGGUAGGGCCCCACGUGGCGCGCGAUCCAAUUGGGUAAUGCAUGAAUACAAACUCAAUGACGAGGUCAUAGAGAAGGCUGGUUAUUCCCCGGACGGGUUUGUAUUGUGCAGAGUGUUUCAGAAAAGUGGAACAGGACCGAAGAACGGGGAGCAAUAUGGAGCACCACUUGUGGAGGAAGAAUGGGAAGAUAACAGUUUGGGAGAUGUGGUGCCUACCGAGGUAUCUUUUGAAGAUCCCUACGUUGAUGAUGAUGCGUACAUUGAACAGAAUGAUCUGGAUCAGGUUAUUGACUUGCAACUUCCAGCAAAUGCUCCUUGUCCUGUCAGCUUUAACCCUGAUGAUAACUACUACUAUGUUGAAGAUUCCCUGAAUGUGACUGGAGUUGAUCAGAUGUCUGUAGUAGGAGAAUCUGAAGAUAAGUAUAGUUUGCAGGUCUUGGAUGGUCAGGAGUUUUAUGAUCCUGGGCAAGAUGGGAGUGACUCAUGUCUUGUGAAGAAUGAACAUAUGGCUCAGCCAAAUGACGUGAAUAAUAGAACUCCUACCAAUUUGCUGAGUAGUCAAGAUGGGAGCAGUGCAUAUCUUGUGAAAAAUGAACAUAUGGCUCAGUCAAAUGACUUGAGUAAUCAAGCUCCUGUCGGUUUGCUGGAUGAUCUGUUCUCUGGAAUAGCAACCCCCGAGGAUGGCCUAUUCCUUGAUGCUGUUGACUUUCUGGAACCUGUUAAAGAUCAACAUGAUUUUGACGUUCUUGGAUCGUAUUUGGACGAUGAUUUUGAUAUCGGACCAUAUCUAAAUUUUGAUUCCUCUCCGGAACAGAUGGGUGAUGAUGCUGAUCAAGGUUUCUCCUUGAAACAGAAUAUGAUUGAUGCGAGUUGGCAAAUACCUUCAGCAAGCCAGCUAUUACAUGAAACCGGUGAUGAUAAUAUUGGAUCAUCGUCCAACCAAGUCAUGGAACUUUCAAAGGCUAAGCCAACAAAGACUGAUAUCCAAUAUCCUUUCCUGAGCCAGGCAAGCCAUUUGUUGGGAAACAUCCCUGCUCCUCCAGCAUUUGCUUCAGAAUUUCCUUCAAAGGACGUGGCUGCACGUUUGAGUGCUGCUGUGCAAGCAUCUACAUCUGUUGAUGUGACUGCGGGUAUGAUCAGAAUCAGGGACAUGCCUACUGGGGUAAGAGGAAGUGGACUGCAGUGGUCAUUUGACAAGACUGGUAAUGUCAAUGUUCUCCUUUCGUUUGACCUCCCAGAGGUUGUUAACCCUGUGGGGCUGGAAUCAUUUACUGGCUUGUGGUCGACCAAGAUAUCUACAGCUGCUUCUCGGGGAUGGUUAUGGUUUAUUCCCCUGGUAUUGUUUGCUUUAUCUGUAUGCGUCAAAGUUGGGACAUGCAUGUAUGCAAAGUGAUAGAUUAUUCAGAAGAACCAGACACUAAGAGGAGAGGAGAGGAGUAUGCUUUGGUUAAUUUAAUUCCAGGAACUGAGAUACCCUUGAAUUUUAUUUACUUUGCCGUAAUGUAGAGUAAACAUGAAUACCCUUAUAACAUUCUCUUAACAUCCUUGGAUUUGGUAUGUUGGUAAAAUUGGUAUGAGUUAUGGUAAACAUUAACAUUUGGGAUAUAAAA